CCGGCCUAAAGACGAACACUUUAAACUGUACAUUUGUCAGCGACUCUUCUUCUUUCACCAACUACCCCCAUUUCUACUUCUUCUGCUUUAAGCUCCAGCGCGAGAGACAGAGAGAGAGAUCGCGUCGGCACAAUCUUCAUAUACCGACAUCGAACAUGUUAAACUCUAUCGCGACGGUGUUUUUCGCCAUCCUUCUCCUCACAAUCUCCGAUGCGAUCUCGAUCCCGCCUAACGGAGAGAUCGACGCAAUGCUAGUCCGAAACAGCCUCAUCAUCGGAGAAGACGAAGAUCUGAUGCCGUCAGAGAUCAGCCGGAGAGUUCUCAUGGCGCAUAAACGUUACAUCGGAUACGAAACCUUAAGGAGAGACAUGGUUCCUUGUCAGAAACCAGGAGCUUCCUACUACGAUUGCCGCUCCGGACAAGCUAAUUCUUACAGCAGAGGUUGCGAAACCAUUACUAGAUGUGCUCGAGACACCAGCGACAUCAACACCUGAAGCAAUUAAUUUGGGAGCUUUUUUUUUUUUUUGGGGUCUUUUGGGUUUGAGACUUGAGAUUGAGAGAAGAGGCAAGUAAAUUAUUAUAUGAUUAAGACUUUUGUAUUUGUUGUUGUAACCUCUGAAACUUUGAUAUAAUAAUUGUUAUAUAUAUGUAACCUUAAUUAAGCUAUUUUGGUUA